ACAUGGUGAUCCAUGUAUGUGAUGAAGCAAAAAAUCUGAAGCAGGACUUUGUUUGCCCACGAGAUCUUUUGGUCACUGAGAUGAAGUACUUUGCUGAAUAUUUGUCUGUGGAUCCUCAGCGUUAUGAGGAAGUUGACAUAUCGGUUCACUGUGAUGUUCAAAUAUUUGACUGGCUAAUACGAUAUGUUAAAAGGAAUUCUGAGAAGAAUGAAAAACCCAGAUUAGAACCAGGGAAUGUCAUUUCAAUCCUUAUUUCUUCAGAAUUUUUGAAGAUGGAAUCAUUAAUAGAAGAAUGCAUACAAUAUUCCCAUAAAAACGUGAGUGCUGUAGUAGCUACCCCUUGCAACAUGAAUUGCAUCAGUGACAACCUGGUGACACGCAUAGCUGACUUGUUUACACACAGUGAAGCAGAUGAUGUGAAGGACAGAAAAGACAAAUUUAAAAGUAAACUGUUCUGCAAGAAGAUUGAGAAGUUAUUUGAUCCAGACUAUAAGAACCCAGAUUCACCAGGAAAUGCUUCCACACUGUAUCGGUGCUGUUUAUGUAAACGACUCUUAACCAAAGAAACGGACCAAAAGAUCUCAUGCAUUCCAGGAAAAAUAAGCAUAGAUACACAUGGGAAUGUUGUAUACUUUCACAUAAGGGACAAAACCUGGGAAGUGCAUGAAUAUUUACAAAGUAUGUAUGAAGAGCUAAAAUCUUGGAGAGAUGUUUACUGGCGACUUUGGGGAACUAUAAACUGGUUGACAUGUUCAAGGUGUAAUGUUCCGUUUCCAUGUACUGAUCUUCCUCACUGUCAGUAUCAUCCAGAGCAAGCUGUUUAUCCAGGAGUAAUGUGUGAUCAGGGCUCUCCUGGCAUCGGAAUAUAUCCUUGCUGUAAACAGAAGGCUCUUCGAUUUGAUCCUAAUAGGACAAUCAAGGGUUGUAAAGUGAGGGACCAUGUAGUACAGGUACCAGCUGGAGGAGAUGUCAGUGAUCAUCACUCAGAUGAUGCCAGUAAAGUAUUGCAAGACCUGCUUCAGCAUCGAAAUGUCAUCUGCCUUUCUUUUCCAAAAGAGCAAGACAGUGAAUCAGGAGAUGUACUUUCUGAUGAAAAAGAGCUUGAAUGUAACACUAUUUUGGAACCAAACCUGUGUCGAGGACAGCGGUCUGGAGAAGUUAAUGCUUUCUUGAUGUUGAAAAAGUGGAGCUUGCAGAUGAAGCAACAGUUUUUACUGUCCGAGGAGGAUGAGUAUACCACUGGCUCAGAGGUCACAGAAGAUGAAGUAGGUGAUGAGGAAGAAAUAUCUAAAAAAACUGUGGGCAAAAAAGAAAAGGUAAAGUCAGUCACUAGACAACCAAAGAAACAAAUGUCCUCUCCAACUCUCCAGAGAAAAGAAAAAGCCAUAGAAAAGGUUACUUCUCUUGAUUCUACACCCUUUACUCUAAGUAUUCAGAAAAGUAAAUGGGACUCAACACGAUCUUUAAGAUUUAACCAGGAUACUCAACGUGAAGAGGAUCAGCGUAGAAUGACAGAAAUAACUGGGCACCUGAUCAAAAUGAGGUUUGGAGAUAUGGAUCGUGUCAAAUCCAAAGAUGGAAAAGAGUAUCCUGGAGGUAUUUAUUCACGAUUGGAAGCUCAGUUUAAAUCUACCUUAACACCAAGUACUCGUCAAAACAACACUGAAAAAAAUACAAGAUCCAAGACACGUUUCAGCCAGGCACGCACAACAUAAAGACUUUCAAGGAAAUUAAGAAGAAUGAUUUUUGCUGCUCCUUUACAAUAAUAGCACUUUACAUAUAAUCAAAGAAUAUCAUACCUUUAUGUGUGUUCCCACCUAUUCUGUAUUGAGUGCGCUUAUAAAUCAUUCAGCACACCCUGCAAGGCUUUACUUGAGUACUACAACCAAGAGUGUUCACUGUUUUAUAAAAAUUUCAAACCUUUUAAGAAACUUCUGUUUUAUAUUUGUUCUUCUGAAUACCUUUUUAUUAGGCUAUAUAGUAUUUCAGAUGAAGACAGAAUUGCACUUUGUAAUCCUUAAUUUAUGACUGAAUAUGUUUUCCAUAUUUUUAUGCCACUUUUGAAAUGUCAGUGGUCUUAAUAAAAUAAUAUUUUAGAGGAUGGUGCACUAUUUAAUGAAUGCAUUUACUGGCUUUAAUAUGCAAAACGUGUGUGACUAAAUCACUUGCCUUAGUUUGUCUUUUAGGAGAAUAGCUAUAAUUUCAUAAGCCAUGACAACUAGACUAUUUAAUAGUUGGACAUUUUUUGUAAUGCUACAAUACAGUAGGCUGCUUUUUAAAUGAAACAUGCAGAUGGUUGGGAAAAACACCUUUUGUAGCAGUAUUAAAGAAAAAAUAUAAAGUAUAGGUAGGUAAACUUUAAUUGUGAGAUAUUUUAUUUUACUGUUCUCUUCUGUAAUAAACUGUUUCUUUCUUAAAA